GUGGAAACUGGUACCUGCCGAGUGCUCAGUGGGUGGGGAUGAAUGCUUCGGGACCGGGGUCAAUGCCUCCCAAUUGCCCAGCGGAGGACGGAUAAUCACCCCGUUGUACGGGUGGGGAAACUGAGGCCCAGGGAGCAGAACCGACUUGCUCAGGUGCGCACACAUCCCGAGACUGCGUUGAGCUGAUAUUUGAAAUCGCAGGUGCUUUCAGCUAAGCGCCUUCCUCCAACCCCGCAUGCUCUAGGGCCACCUACAAAGGAAAACAGUAACAAGGCUAUAGGCCGAUUAUGAAGCUGAUAGUUGCCAGCAGAGUGCGUUUGAAAGCGUUUUGGGGUCAUUAAUUAUGUCCUAGGAGAUGGGUGUAGAGGUGAGAGGUGGAGACCUUCCCCCAUUGUACAGAUGGGAUGACUGAGACUUCUUCCAGGUUACACUGCAUGUCCGAAGCAAAACUGCGCUUGAACCCAGGAUUUUUGCUUUCCAGCCCCAGAGGAAAGUGUUGGGGAAUGUACAAGCGUUGAGAAUUCAGCUCGUCCCAAUUAGGGAGACAGGAUAGGGAGGAGAGCCCCAGUUUUCGAUCCGGGGACCCAGGGCCCAGGCGACUCCGGUAUCUCUUCAGGCUGGAACCAGCCCCAACUCGGCGGGGGGGAUGGGGGCGGAGCCCGGGAGAGUGACGCGGACAGUCGAGAUACGGAAACGCCAGCCCUCCAAGACAGGCCAGAGCGGCCCUAUCUGGCCAGCGUGGCGCCGUGGAGAGCUAGAGCGGGCGGCGGGAGGAGUGGAGUUGCCGAGGCUUGAGCCAGGCAGGAGUCAGGCUAGAGCGGUUGGAGGGAGGAGUGGAGCUGAGGGCAAAGGUGGCCUCUGGGGCGGAUAGAGCGGCUCGGCGGCGGGGGUAGUGGGGAGCCCACAGCGGGCGCGCGGAGGCUUCGGUUCCGGCGGCUGCGGCGGCUUCUCUUCCGAGCUGGAGCAGCCCUGCGGAGCCCAUGCAGGCGGAAGACAUGGCCCGAGGGGCGGCCUCAGGGCCCCCCCGGCCCGGCCUGGUGCCCGUCAGCAUCAUCGGGGCUGAGGACGAAGAUUUUGAGAACGAGCUGGAGAUGAAUGCAGAGGAGCAGAACAGCCAGUUCCAGAGCCUGGAGCAGGUGAAGCGGCGCCCGGUCCACCUCAUAGCCCUCCUGCAGCACGUGGCCCUGCAGUUCGAGCCAGGACCCCUGCUCUGCUGCCUGCAUGCGGACAUGCUGGGUACCCUGGGCCCCAAGGAGGCCAAGAAGGCCUUCGCCGACUUCUACCACAGCUUCCUGGAGAAGACAGCGCAGGUUCUGCGGGUGCCAGUGCCUCCCCAUAUCGCCUUUGAACUUGACCGUACGCGGCCUGAGGUCAUCUCUGAGGACGUCCAGCGGCGGUUCGUGCAGGAGGUGGUGCAGAGCCAGCAGGCAACCAUCAGCCGGCAGCUGGAGGACUUCCGCUCCAAGCGGCUCAUGGGCAUGACACACUGGGAGCAGCAUGUGGCCCACCUGGAGGCCUGGGUCGGACGGGAACCCACCAGCUAUGAGGCCCGGGAGCGGCACACAGCCGAGCAGCUGCUGGGCCAGUUCGAGGAGAUGCAAUCCAACACAUCUGCCGAUGAAGAAAAGAGUGCUGCUGUGGUCAGCGCCAUCAGCCUGUACAUGCGGCACCUUGGCGUGCGAACCAAGAGCGGGGACAAGAAGUCAGGAAGGAACUUCUUCAGGAAAAAGAACCGGCGGCCAGACGAGCCUCCCAAGACUAAGAAAGGCCUGAGCAGCAUCCUGGAUGCCGCCCGCUGGAACCGGGGAGAUCCCCAGGUGCCAGAUUUUCGACACCUCAAAGUCGAGGCUGAAGCCGAGAAGCAAGGCUCUACAGAACGGAAGGGAAGUCUGGCAGUACCCUCUCGGGACCGGAAUGUUGGGGCCAUUGGGCAGGACACCUUUGGAGUCUCUCUGCACCCUCCGUCCGGGGACAGCCCAGACCAAGAACCAGGUGUUGACCCCUCACUGGAGUUGGGGGACCCGCCCCCACAGGGCCCGACAAGCCUGGAGCCCCCGGCGCCCCCAGAGAGCACCGAGGAGGGUGCUGACACGGAGAGAAAGUGGAAGAGGCUGUCAGGGCGUCUGGGGCGCUCGGAGAGCCUGCGGGUGAGUGACCGCCGCCGGCCUCCCCGGGGCAGCCUCGGGGCUAAGGGCCGGGGUGGGGGCCGCUCCCGGAGCGACGUGGACAUGGACCCCAGCUCUGCCACAGCUGUGCUUGGCCCUGCCCGACGAGCCACCCCUGAGCCCGGAGACGAGGGGGAGCCGGGGCGGUCGGGACUAGAGUUGGAAGCAGAAGAGCCCCCCGGCUGGCGGGACCUGGUCCCCCCGGGUACCCUGCACAGCCUGCCCAAGAGCCAGGUGAAGCGGCAGGAGGUCAUCAGCGAGCUGCUGGUGACAGAGGCGGCACACGUGCGCAUGCUCCGGGUGCUGCACGACCUCUUCUACCAGCCCAUGGCGGACAGUGGCUUCUUCCCGCUGGAGGAGCUGCAGAACAUCUUUCCCAAUCUGGACGAGCUCAUCGAGGUGCAUUCCCUAUUCCUCGACAGCCUGACGAAGCGGAGACAGGACAGUGGCUACCUCAUUGAGGAGAUUGGAGAUGUGCUACUGGCCCGGUUUGAUGGUGCUGAGGGCUCCUGGUUCCAGAAAAUCUCCUCCCGCUUCUGCAGCCGGCAGUCUUUUGCCCUAGAGCAGCUCAAAGCUAAACAGCGCAAGGAGCCUCGAUUCUGUGCCUUUGUGCAGGAUGCCGAGAGCCGUCCACGGUGCCGCCGCUUACAGCUGAAGGACAUGAUCCCCACAGAGAUGCAGCGCCUGACCAAGUACCCCCUGCUCCUCCAGAGCAUUGGACAGAAUACAGAAGAGCCUGCAGAACGGGAGAAAGUGGAGCGGGCGGCCGAGUGCUGCCGGGAAAUCCUGCACCACGUCAACCAGGCCGUGCGUGACAUGGAGGACCUGCUGAGGCUCAAGGAUUAUCAGCGGCGCCUGGACUUGUCCCACCUGCGGCAGAGCAGUGACCCCAUGCUGAGCGAGUUCAAGAACCUGGACAUCACCAAGAAAAAGUUGGUCCAUGAGGGCCCGCUGACGUGGCGUGUGACGAAGGACAAGGCUGUUGAGGUCCACGUGCUACUCCUGGACGACUUGCUGCUGCUGCUUCAGCGCCAGGAUGAGCGGCUGCUGCUCAAGUCGCACAGCCGCACGCUGACGCCCACGCCCGACGGCAAGACCAUGCUGCGGCCGGUGCUGCGGCUCACCUCCGCCAUGACCCGCGAGGUGGCCACCGAUCACAAAGCCUUCUAUGUCAUUUUCACUUGGGACCAGGAGGCCCAGAUAUACGAGCUGGUGGCGCAGACAGUGUCAGAGCGGAAGAACUGGUGCGCCCUCAUCACCGAGACCGCCGGAUCUCUGAAGGUCCCCGCCCCUGCCUUCCGCCCCAAAUCCCGGCCCAGCCCGAGCAGCACUCGAGAACCACUGCUUAGCAGCUCUGAGAACAGCAACGGUGGCCGAGAGAUGCCUCCGGCUGACGGCCGCAUGGAGAGAUUUCUCAGCGACCUCCUGACCUUCUGCAGACCAGGCCCUGAGGGCCAGCUUGCCACCACCGCCCUUCAGAAAGUGCUGUCUCUGAAGCAGCUCCUGUUGCCUGCGGAGGAAGACAGCGGGGCAGGGCCUCCCCGAGAAAGUGAUGGGGUCCUGGGUGGUGGUCCCCUACGCCCAGCAGAGACCCAGGAGGUCCAGGAGAAUCUGCUCAGCCUGGAGGAGAUCUUGAAGCAGCUGGAGGAGAUGGAGGGAGAAUUUUGCCGCCUGCGACUACUCCUGUGUCAGCUGGGUGGGAAGGAGCCCAGCUGCACCUGAGGCUCCUGCCCCAGACAGGCCUUCUGCAAGAAGGACGAAGAGGAACGGGGGAGAGGACGUGUGGGGCCGCCUCCCCGCCCACCCGCACUGCUGCCGCAGCAUCUCUGCACCCCCAGGGCCUGAGGAGAGGGGGCUGCUACCAGGGUCAUGCC